AUGUCAACUUCAUCAACCACACGUGUGCGAAUUCGUGAGUUACUACCGAGGCUUCAACUUGGUCGGUAUCAACCUGGUCUUCUUAACUCUAUUACUGACGUUCCUGGUAUCCUAGUAAAUACAGAGUCGAUUAUUCUGCCAGCUUCCACAUCACACAAGGAAAUCAACACUGGAGUGACUACAAUCCUCCCUCGUAAAGAUUGGUUCAAUAAAGCAUGCUACGCCGGCUACUUCCGCUUCAAUGGAUCUGGUGAAAUGACAGGAAGUCAUUGGCUCGACGAGACUGGACUCCUGAAUUCACCUAUCAUCAUCACAAACUCAUUUGCUGUCGGACCUUGCUACACUGGAAUCUACGAAUAUGCUAUUCGCGAAUAUAAGAACGAACAAGGACUUUGUGAUUGGUUUCUGUUACCUGUUGUUGCGGAAACCUGUGACACUGCUCUUAAUGAUGUUACUGCAUUUCCGAUCAAACCAGAACAUGUUGUCCGUGGAAUUGAUAGUGCUUCGAGCGAUGCAGUUAAGGAGGGUAAUACCGGUGGUGGUACCGGUAUGUGGUGUCACGGUUUCAAGGGUGGAACUGGAUGCUCGAGUCGCGUCAUUAUGGGCACUGUGACUGAUGUCGAUAAGAAUGAAAAGUUGGUACAAUAUAUUGUCGGUGUCUUGGUCCAAUGCAAUUACGGCGCACAGCGAGAUUUUCGAAUUACAGGUGUUCCUAUAGGACAAAUGAUUAUUGCUGAAACAGAAGAUGCAGUUAAAAGUAAACAGAUGCCGGAAGCAAUUGAAUCGAAUAAAGACGGUAGCAUCAUCGUCGUCAUUGCUACAGACGCGCCCCUUAGUUCAACACAAUUACAGCGUCUAGCAAAACGUGCGACUGUUGGUCUAUCGCGAGUAGGUGGCUGGGGUUCGAAUAGUUCUGGUGAUAUCUUCAUUGCCUUUUCCACGGCACAUGAGAUCCCACGAGCUCCAAAGUUCUCCUGGAAUCCAACUGUUUCUCAAACCAUUCCAAUCAUAGAGGAUCCGUCAAUCAAUGCCUUAUUUGAAGCUACGGCAGAUGCUGUGGAGGAAGCGAUCUACAAUGCGUUGUGCAUGGCAGAGGACAUGACUGGACCAAUGGGAUUUGAGGUCAAGGCGAUGGAUUUGGAAAAAGUAAAGCAACUGAUGGAAAAAUAUUUGUAA